AACAAAUUUCGUUCUCCAGCUUCUGCGAUCGAACCGGUGUCUUCCCUCUUGUUGUUGCCCGUGGCAGGUGACUUGCUGUCAGGUGAUAGAUAGACCAUCCCAAGGUAAUCAAUCCAGCUCUCCCUCUCCUCCCCUUCGCUCGCGCUGUGCCCCUCUACUCUCUUUCGCCUCUUGUCUGCUCCGCGGUUCUUCCACGGCCAUCAGCAUCGCCAUAGCAUUAUGGCUUCUGCUUUGGCAUGCCCCCUUGUCCUCUCCUUCUCCGACAUGGCCCGGUCGGGCGAUGGCCGAGGAUGAUGAUGCUGUUUUUUCCCGCUUCCAUCGGUCGCAAAGACGUCUUCGCGACGCGUCGCCGAUCUCGCUCCCAUCUCAGGGACUUGCUCUUCAUCUCCUCAUGUGCCCGUGCUGCUGCUUUCACUUCAGUGUCAUCUCUCGUUUGUAGUUGUAUCUCUGCUGGUGGUCGCGCCGGUCGCGCCGUUCAUCUUGUGUUCGGUGCUUGUUGGUGCUUGGAUGCGGAGGUGGGCGCGUCAGCAAACGCGUUACUAGCUCACAACCCGUUCAGAUCUGGCUCACCUGUGCACCCCAGCAACUGUAGCCCUUCACUGGGACUAUCCAAUGGCUCCACCGCAAUUCAAUGAAUGCUACCAUUUUUCCCCCUUGCAAUAGUGUUGCUUUGUUCAUCCGCCCGGAUCAUUUCCUACACCAUCUUGAACCGUACUGAUCGUGCAAAAGCAACUUGGUUACUAACAGAACUUCUAGAGUUAACGGGAAUUGCCUAAUCUCUCCGAUUAGGCCCCUAGAGCUGGAGCGAAACUCUGGUAACUUCACUGAAUCCCUAUCGUUAGCAGGGCAGUCAUAUCAUACAUAC